AAAAAUUCUCCACUCCCAUUUACAUUCUUGUUUACAAAAGAAAGAAAGAUGGCAGAUGCAGUGGUGAAUUUUCUGGCGGAGAACCUAUUGCAGCUAUUAACUGAUAAUGUAAAGAUGAUUGGAGGUGCAAAGGGAGAGUUAGAGAAUCUGCUGAAAGAAGUUCAACACCUAAAAGGCUUCUUAGACGAUGCUGCAAAAUUACCAAGUGACAGCGAGCAGUGGAAAGUGUUUGUGGAGGAGAUUCAGAAAACGGUACAUAGAGCUGAGGAUACCAUUGAUAAGUUCGUGGUUCAGGCGAAGCUGCACCAAGAGAAAAAUAAAGCGGGAAGAUUCUUCGAUGUGAGCCAUCUCGCUACACUUAGAAAUCUUGCAGCUGAGAUCAACGGCAUCCUUGAGCAAGUCAAGAAACUUCGCGAAAACAAUCAACAAGCUUUUCAGCCCACUAAAUCGAUACCGUGAAAACGAGCAAGUUGAACCACCUGUACUCACUCAAUUAACGGAAAACGACGUAUUACAUCGGGAUCUGGCAGAUGCACAGAGUGAGGAACAGAACAGUGAUUACGAUAACAAUGCCGAUCCGGAGACGAGACACCCUUUUUUCGUGAGGAUGGUGAUGAAGAGGAUGAGGAAGAAGGACCCGAUUUGAAGAGAGACCCACCUAGACGAAGAGUG